CUUUAUUACCGCCCUCUUCUUUUCCUCAACAUUUUCGUUAAUGUCGUUCACGAUUCUUUGUAGCUAAGAACAUUUCCACAGUUAUUGCUCACCACGUUUUGCAGGAGCGCCGCGCGAUGCCUGAAAUGAUCGUUGGAGUAGGUUCAGCUAAUCAUUAAAGGUGAUAUAUUCUCUUUAUGAAAGGAAUGAAGUGAAUGAGGGAUAUUGCACGCAGUACAUAGUCCCGCAUCGUGUUCAAAGGAACAAACUGCCUACCAUGAUUACAAUUUUGGAAUGUUUGCUGCUAACAUGAUAUCAAUGGUUCUAUUGGCCAAGAGUGUUUAGUUGCGUAGUGAUAGCAGAUUCCGGAAUUUUCUAUGUGGAAAGCAGACGAAAUUUUGAUAGAGGUAUCAGCAAGCAGCUGAAUAAGAUUUUUGGAAAAGUCCGAAGUUUUGCGCUUUUUCGUUCAAAAUGAUCAUUGAGUUGCAUGAUCGCCGUUGCUUUCAUUGGCUGCUAUGGCGUCAACCUAAAUAUCGUGUUCACACUCUUUAUUUGUUCCGUAGUUGUGUUCCUUAGAGGUAACAAGCUGCGGCUAUAUCUCGUCCAUGAAAGAGAAUGGAUUGACUUUCAGUUACCUGGUGCUUUCAAUUAUAUGGUACGCCAUUCUCGAAAUGCAGGAAUCACCCAAGAAUCCGCAUCCCUGAAACACAUUUCGCGCUGUUGUUUCAAGCACCCUCAAUGCUUCUAUUGAUGCUCAUCAGCGUAAUGCGUAGUAUUUGAAUGCCACAUUGGGUCUUAAAUCCAAUUUCUUAGAUUUUCCUUUUCCUACUUACAUGAGAUAGAUAUCUGCGCUAUCAACAGUUGUUUGCUCUCGUGCUCUCACUAGAGUUCUUGGAUUUUCUUAGGUAUUGAUGUAAAGAUGUAAAUAUGUCAUUAGAGCAGUCGAUAAACCUUGGCAAAGUAUA